AUGUCCGAGUCGGAAUCAAUCGAUCCGGAGCUAAAGAAGCCGACUAUGGAAGCCGCGUGGCCGCAUCUGCAAAUAGUAUACGAGUUCCUGCUUUGGUAUGUUGUCUCUAGUAGCGAGACCGACGCGGACGACGUGGCGAAGCGUUACAUAGACCAGGAGUUCGUCUUAAAGCUGCUGAACCUGUUCGACUCGGAGGACCCUCGCGAGCGGGGCUACUUGAAGACUAUCAUGCACCAGAUUUACUUGAAAUUCAUGGUUCAUCGGCUGUUCAUCCGCGAAGCGGUAAACAAGAUCUUUUACCAGUUUAUAAAGUCGGAGCGGCAUAACGGCAUCGCGGAGCUGUUAGAGUUUCUAGAGGAUAUUCUUAAAGGAUUUGUGAUGCCGGUUAGUAAGGAGGAGCGAAAGCAGAUCCUGGAGCGAGCGCUGGUUCCGCUGCACAAGCCUAAGUGCGUGUCGAUGUACCACCAGCAGCUGUCGUACUGCAUCACUCUGUUUGUGGAAAAAGACCCGAAUCUUGCGGAUUCGGUGCUGCUCGGGUUGCUUGAGUUCUGGCCCUUAAGUAACAACCAGAAUGAGCUGCUUUUCCUGGAAGAGUUGGAGAAGAUUUUGGAGCUCACGCAGGAGCUCGAGUUCCACUUGGUGAUGACGCCGCUGUUCCAGCAGAUCGCGCUCUGCCUCAGCUCCUCCCACUUCCAGGUGGCGGAGCGCACGCUGCGCCUGUGGGGCAACGACUACAUCGUGGCGCUCGUGGCUCAGAACCACGACACCAUCUUGCCGCUCAUCGUUGCUGCUCUGGAGCGCAGCGCUGAAAGCCACCAGAAUCAGGCAGUGAAAGAGCUGGCCAUCAACGUUCGCAUGAUGUUUCUUGAGAUGGAGGAGGGGCUCUACUACGAGUAUCAUUGCCAGUUCCCAAAGGAAAAAGUUAAUCUGCAGCUCUUUCCUAAGCUCAGCUCCUUCCUACCCCAUCUGGCUGCUUGUAGUGGCCUUGUCUAG